GAAGCGUGUGCGUGUUGUUUUUAAGAGCGGAACCUAAUUUUUCUCUUUUAACUUAAGAAAUAAAUGUGAUAAAGAAAGUUUAAAUAAGUAUUAAUCAUGACUACAAAUCCACGGAAGGGCACUGACACCGCGCCUUUGGAGGAGAGUGAUCAACUCACAAUAAGACCUCUAGGGGCUGGUCAAGAAGUAGGCAGAUCCUGCAUUAUGUUAGAGUUUAAAGGAAAGAAAAUAAUGUUAGAUUGUGGAAUCCACCCUGGAUUAUCUGGAAUGGAUGCAUUACCCUUUGUGGAUUUGAUAGAGGCGGAUGAAGUGGAUUUACUGUUAAUUUCACACUUUCACUUAGAUCACAGUGGGGCCCUGCCUUGGUUCCUCACAAAGACCUCAUUUAAGGGAAGAGUUUUCAUGACACAUGCUACCAAAGCCAUUUAUAGGUGGCUUGUGUCCGAUUACAUUAAAGUUAGCAACAUAUCAACAGAGCAAAUGCUGUACACAGAGUCAGAUCUGGAAAAUUCCAUGGACCGCAUUGAGACGAUAAACUUCCACGAGGAGAAGGAUGUGCGCGGCGUGCGCUUCUGGGCCUACAACGCGGGCCACGUGCUCGGCGCGGCCAUGUUCAUGAUCGAGAUCGCGGGAGUCAAGAUAUUGUACACUGGAGACUUUUCAAGACAAGAAGAUCGUCACUUGAUGGCCGCUGAAAUACCUACCGUACACCCAGAUGUUUUAAUUACCGAGUCAACGUACGGUACUCACAUUCACGAGAAGCGUGAGGAGCGCGAGAGUCGCUUCACUGGGCUGGUGAGCGACAUCGUGCAGCGCGGGGGACGCUGCCUCAUCCCCGUGUUCGCUUUGGGCCGGGCGCAGGAACUACUCCUCAUUCUGGACGAAUUUUGGUCCUUCCACCCGGAACUCCAAGACAUACCAAUCUAUUACGCAUCAUCGUUGGCCAAAAAGUGCAUGGCAGUUUACCAGACCUACGUCAACGCCAUGAACGACAGAAUCCGUCGCCAGAUCGCGGUCAACAACCCCUUCGUCUUCCGGCACAUAUCCAAUUUGAAGGGCAUCGACCAUUUUGAAGACAUAGGACCCUGUGUGAUAAUGGCCUCUCCCGGGAUGAUGCAGUCAGGGCUCUCCCGGGAGCUGUUCGAAUCUUGGUGUACGGACCCUAAGAACGGUGUUAUCAUCGCGGGUUACUGUGUGGAGGGCACGCUGGCCAAGACGAUCCUCUCGGAGCCGGAGGAGAUCACGUCCAUGUCGGGGCAGAAGCUACCGCUCAAGAUGUCCGUGGACUACAUCUCCUUCUCCGCGCACACGGACUACCAGCAGACGUCCGAGUUCAUCAACAUACUGAAGCCACCGCAUGUGGUAUUAGUGCACGGUGAACAAAAUGAAAUGUCACGGUUGAAGGCCGCCUUACAGCGAGAGCACCGCGGCAAGCUCGCCAUCCACACGCCGCGGAAUACACAACAGUUGUGCCUCACCUUCCGCGGAGAUAAGACUGCAAAGGUGAUGGGGUCUUUAGCCAUGGAGCAGCCAGAGCCCGGCAAGAAUUUGCAGGGAAUUCUGGUGAAGAGGAACUUUAACUACCAUAUCUUGGCACCCUCGGACCUUAACAAGUACACGGAGCUGUCGCAGUCGGAGGUGUCGCAGCGCGUGUCGGUGUCGUACGGCGGCUCGGCGGCACUGCUGCGCCACGCCGUGCUGCGCCUGGCCGGGCCGGUGGAGUUCCCGUCCGACGCGCGCUGGCGCCUGUACGGCUGCCUCGACCUCAUCCUGGACCUGCCCAUCGUCACGCUGGAGUGGCAGGCCGCGCCCGUGUCGGACAUGUACGCGGACGCCGUGGUGGCCGCCGUGCUGGCCGCGUCGUCGCUGCCCGCGCCCGCGCACCUGCCGCUCGCGCCCAAGCUGGACCGCAUGCACUUCAAGGAGUGUGUCAUUGAGAUGCUACAGGAGAUGUUUGGCGAGGACUCCGUACCAAAGAUGUUCAAAGGGGACAAACUACACGUGGAGGUGGACGGGAAACGCGCCUACAUCGAUCUUUUGGCUAUGGAAGUAAAAUGCACAGAAGACGAAAGCCUAGAGCGCACCGUGCACUCUGCGCUCAGCAAGCUGUAUGCGGCGCUCGCGCCCGUCAAGCCGCCGCCGCCGCCCGCGCCGCUAACGUCGUGACCACCGACACGGCCCGCGUGGUGGGCCCACGGACUGAAGCUACUGACUCACCUGUACUAGCGACUGCUUUCAAACUAUCGUGUCCUGUUAUAAAUGGCGUAGGGAAAUUGCAUCAGCGAUAUGUCGUAUCACUUAACUGAAUCUAGAGAAAUUUUGAGAAAAAUAGGAAUAUUGUUGGAUAGAAGCAGGCGUAACUUGCGGAAUACCAUGAUAUAUUAUGAAAAUUAAGCUUAAUCCGGAGCUUUUUUUUUUAAAAAGGUUUUAAUACCUUUUAACAAUACAUUUGGCUAAUUAUUCACUUAAAAAUUAUUCAUUGUAAAGUCAACGUCUCCUGAGGAUGCUCUGGAAGCGAAAAGUGCGUAGAAUUACAGAUUGUACAUUGCGGAAAAUCUGUUUGUGAUCUGUUACACCAUACAGAUUCUCCUGCUUUUCGCGGAGUACAGCAAAUUAAGCUUAAUUUUCAUAAGGAAUAUUGUUUUUGUUCUAAGAAACAACAAUGGCUUUGAAAUAAUGAAACAACUUUUAAGGUUAUUUUUUUAACCAAUAGCUUUGCCCGUAAUCACCCCAGAUGGUGAUGUCAGUAGAUGGUAAUCGCCUCGAUCGACACCCGCAGUGGAGGAUGGGUGGUGACUUGAACAGUGGCGUGCAUAGAGGGUAUGCACAGGGUAUGCAGAUGAUAUAAA